AUGGAGCCACCAUCCCAAGCCAACAAUGAAUAUGAGAAGAAUGGCGACGAAAACGACACACCAGAAUGGUGUUUGAAAUCCUCCAGAGAGUUGGCAGCCAGUGGAACUUCUUGCAAUAACACGGAGCUGUCAGGUGCGAUGGCUGCACGCCGUCACAUUCCUGAGCAGUUCGAUUACGCUGGUUUCCGGAAGUGGAUGAGUUAUCGGUUGCGAGCACUUGAACCGAUCAGUUUAGUUGCACCAUCACGCCUCAGCUUUUCUCCAUCCAGGAACAACGAACCUGGUGGGGCUUCACUGAGGGUAGCUUUUCGACAAAAUCUGCUCCACGGCGCUUAUUUUUUCGCUUUAUUCAGCGCUUUUUGA